AUUUGUAUCACGAAAAUACAAAACUAAUCUGUGUAUAAUAAACGCGAAUAAAAUGACGAUUUCACCGUUUUUGCGCCACAUGAGACCAAAGAAGUGAGAGCCCACGUCAUACAGCGCCCUCCCACUGCUUUAUAAUGAAAUGGAUAUGCAACAAAUAUUUGGCGAUGGAUCAAGUAGUGCAUCACACACGACAUCAACAACAAUUCCAACAGCAAAUACCAAUAUCACCCAACCAUACAGCUGCCGGCUGGCAAAUACUGCGUGGACACAACUCUGGGAAGCAGACAUCUGGUGUGGGCCAAAACCAAACAUCAAAGACAGCACCAGUGACAGUGAUGUGGGCAGCAGCAGCAGCAAUGAUGGAGCAGCACAAAGUGUGCAAACCACAAACCCAACUGACGUUGACAACACUUACCCGCCAUCGCCGCUCACUCAAACCUAUCACUGCGUGCUCAGUCAAUUCAAUGCGGCGUUGCGUAGGGCGCGCUACAAAUGCCGGCCGAUCACGGCAAAUGAGGAGGAUGGAGAAGUUGAGGUGGAGAAAAAUGAUAUUGGCGAAGGACUCGCGGCAACGGUGUCCGAAACGUUGGGUGCCCCACGGGUGGACGGUGUCAAUUGCGUAAUGAAUACAGAAGUGAUGGUGCAACAGCUGCAGCAGCCGGUGGUCGAUUUUAAUUUGGCGCUCGUGCAAAAGCAGCCGGAACAACUACAGCAAUUACAAGAUGAUCCUCUUAGUCAUUUAGUUAAUAGUAUUAAUAUUAGUGAAGCAACAACAACUGCAACUUCAACAUGCAACGUAGUACAAAGUCAAACGCUGUACUGUGAUGAAUCAACGACAGCCACCAGCAUAUUGGAGAGCAGCAUGCAGACGGCAGCCACAGCAACAACCACUACAGCGAAUAUGUUUAAUACCACUGAUGCUGUUAAUGUGGCGACAAAUACAAGGAACGUAAACUUUGGUUCAAACAGCAGCAAUGAUUCUAUUUUAGAUGACUUUAUCUGUUACCUGCGCAUUCAAUACGAACAAAUAACCGCAUCACUUACACAAUCCCCCGCCUACCAUGCAUCGCUGCCUGCUGCAGCAUCUGAUGACUCGUUCCAGCAUAAUUUGACUGAUAGCUUAAGCGCCAGCAGCGAUUUCAGCCGCCAUCCAUUGAGUAGCGCUUGGCAGCAAUUCCUCAGUAGUAGUAGUAAUAGACUGAAUGCCAGUGAAUGGUUGCCACAAUUCGGCGCUCAACUGCUAAAUGCCACCACUGAACAAUUCAACCACAGUUGGCUAGCAGGUGCUUAUGAUGAUGAUGCGCUCUGGUCGUGGAAUGCCUUUGAUAUGCUGUUGAAUGGCAACAGCUCCGCCAUUAGUGAUGUUAGCACAGCGCAAUUCCCCCUAAGCAUCACCACCGAACAGCCAAGCAAAUCAGCAGCUUCAGUGUGGGGCCCACGCAACCUCAGCGUCGACUACUCGCUUGGCAAUAAGCUAUCGAAGCCGCGCGACUACGAGUGGAUUUUCCUUUGUGUCAUAUUUUUCAUAUUUGCCGGUGGUCUUGGCAACAUUCUUGUUUGUUUGGCUGUGGCACGCGACAAAAAAUUACAAAAUGUAACAAACUAUUUUCUCUUCUCGCUGGCGAUAGCCGACCUUCUAGUCAGCUUGUUCGUGAUGCCGCUGGGUGCAAUACCGGCCUUUUUGGGUUACUGGCCACUCGGCUUUGUGUGGUGUAAUAUUUAUGUGACCUGCGAUGUUCUUGCUUGCUCUUCGAGUAUCCUGCAUAUGUGUUUCAUCAGCCUUGGACGUUACUUGGGCAUACGAAAUCCGCUGGGAUCGCGACAUCGUUCUACUAAGCGACUGGCUGGUAUUAAAAUCGCCAUUGUCUGGGUGAUGGCCAUGAUGGUGUCGAGUUCGAUUACAGUUUUAGGCCUCGUAAACAAGCACAAUAUCAUGCCAGCACCGAACAUUUGUGUCAUAAAUAAUCGCGCCUUCUUCGUUUUUGGCUCGCUUGUCGCUUUUUAUAUUCCUAUGCUGAUAAUGCUGACUUCCUAUGCUUUGACUAUACCGCUGCUGCGCAAGAAAGCACGUUUUGCCGCUGAGCAUCCGGAAAGUGAACUCUUUCGGCGCUUGGGUGGUCGUUUCACCAUACGCCCGCAACACAGCCAGCAACAAUUGCAACUGCACAAUAACAGUAGCUUUCGCAGCAGUAGCAACAGUCACACCAGCUAUAGCAAAUAUUGUGUCAGCGACAGCAAUCGCAAUUUCAGCGCCAAUAAUCAUGGCAACAACGAAGUUAGCGUCGGAGGUAUUGACAGCAUUGGUAAUGAUGAUUAUGACAAACAAAGGAUGCAUGGAUUGCGACAUACAAACAAUGCGAAUUACUCAAAUGGCGGUAACAAUUCGGUAGGCUUGAGAGAAGUCACUGGUGGUGGUGGUGGCGGUGUUGGCAUCUUUGGCGGUGCUUUCCACAAUUGUCGUACGAGCUUUCGCCGCAGCACUAUACGUCAUUCAUCUUCGUCAUCUGUGCGCAUCAAAUCGCCAACACGCGACGCAGACCGGCUGCCGCAAUCACAAUCGGCACAGCACAGCGGCUACUGGCGCAACCACGGCAAUCCAAACAUCAUGGACAGUCACCCCAAUCGUCGUGCAUCAGUACGCGUGAGUGCAUCCCAACCGCAACUGGGUUACUUCACGAACGGUAGCACCGGUGGAAAUGCAAUGAUUGGUGGCAGCGGGAGCGGCGGUGGACUACGCAAGAAUGUCAUUAGCAGCAUCAGCGGUAGCACGGCCAACAAUAAUGGCAGCAGUAGUGCAUUGCUGUCACAACAACACGGCAACGCCACAUGUGAACAAAGCACCCAAACACCCGAGUCCAUAAUGCGUGAAACGAGACGCCACAAGUUAAAAGCAUUCAAGUUUUCGCUGAACAGUGUUCCAACGCCGACGCUGAAUUUGCGUUUCCUGAAUAAUCGCAACAAACGUAACAGCUUAUCCGCCAAUGCUGUCGCCACCGAGCAGAAGGCGACCAAAGUUCUCGGUCUCGUAUUUUUCACCUUCGUCCUAUGCUGGUCACCAUUUUUCAUAUUGAACAUCAUUUUCGCCGCCUGCCCCGAAUGUCAAGUGCCCGAGCAUGUAGUGGACACUUGCCUCUGGCUCGGCUAUGUCUCGUCAACAAUUAAUCCCAUAAUUUAUACAAUUUUCAAUCGAACGUUUCGUGCGGCUUUCAUUCGGCUACUAAAAUGCAAUUGCGAGCGCUCCGGACGCCAGUCGCGAUAUCGUUCCGUCACCGAAAGUCGUGGUGCAUUAAGUUUGUGUGCUCCUUCCGCCUUGCCACUGGCCAUUUCAUUCCAAGGUGCACCUUUGAUGACACCGUCAACCGCAAAUGCGACACCGUUAAGCGAUUUUCGUGGCAGCUAUACGAUCACAGAUGAUGAGUGCUAAAGUCGAAAGUGAUUGCCAGAGCGAACAACUAUUACACAUUGCAACCAAAAGCUACAGCACAAACACGAAUUCAAGUCAUUGAAGAAAGCAAAACUACCGCGUUAACGACCGAACGAAUAGAUAUGUAGUACUUGUUGUACACAGUUUUACGUAAAUAAUCAAUAUCUGGACAUACCUAGAAUCAUCCAUGAACAGAUAUGCAUAAGUAGUAGUAUGUAGUAGUACAGUAUGUAUGAGUGUUUGUAUGGUUGUGUGUGGUUUCGGUUGAUAUAGGAAAAGUUUAUGCAAACAUUUGUUAUACAUACACACACAUAAGCACGACUGUAAACACACUCACAAACACACACUUCCAGACACACACAGAGUCUCUUAAGGAUGAGUUGAUUAUUCGUGUGAUUCAUUCAGUUCGCGCGCAAUGGAGGUGUACGAUUGGUAAAGUUUUUCAAUUCAACUAGAAAUCAGAUGCUAUGGUUAGCAUUAAAAAAAAAUAAAUACGACUAAGUUCAUGUUUGGAAAUACAUUUUUUGUGUUUACCAAAAUUACUUUGGCUUCCUGAAUUUCAAACAGUGGGAUUGCUCAAAACUUCAUUGCAAAUCAGGAAGCCAAGCUAUUUAUCUCUCCAUAUUAAAAUACUUUUGUAACUAAGCAAAAAAAAAAAACGAAAAAUUAUAUUGAAAAAGUUUCUUUAGGAAACUUCUCAUUGCCUAGAGAGUACAUACAUGA